UCAUAGUUGCAUGAGGAGAAGAUGGCGGCGGUGCUGGAGCGCAGCUUCAUAGAGAUUUGUGGAUUUGAGAGGGAAACUCUGCACCGGUUCAGAGAAGUGACCGUAAACCUCGGUCUGAGUCCUCUUCCUGGUGGGCUGAAGUUUCCGGACAGUGCUGGAGCGUUUCAUUAUGAGGAAAGUGGGAAGCUGCUGUCAGUCACCAGUAACAGAUUCGUACAUUGGUCCACGUCAGGAGACACGGUGCAGCUGGUGGAGCAGUCUCUGGACACCAACCUGCUCAACAACGCUGUCAAAUUCAAGUUCAGCCACUGUACUGUUCUGCCUGGGGGAGUCAACAUCCAGGAGACCCUCAACAAUGUCAUCAUCCUCAUCUCCACCAAUCAGAGCAUCCACAGACUGGUGCUGCCUCACCCCACACGCAUGUACCGCAGU